UCAGUCCUAAGCAUCUUUACUUUCGUCACACUGUUGCUAGAAAGAUGAAAGAGAUUGGAGAUAGAUUGGAUCAGAUCGGAAAUGAGCGUGUGCAUUUUCACUUGCGAGAGGUUGCGGUUGGGGAGAGACGAAGCCGGAUUAGAGAAAGUCGUCAGACUGGUUCUGUUAUUACUCAACCAGAUUUGUAUGGAAGAGAAGAGGACAAGGAGAGAGCUGUUGGGUUUCUGAUUAAUGAUGCUGUCAAUUGCAGUGGCACUUCUGUGUACUGUAUUGUUGGUCUAGGGGGCAUGGGAAAGACGACUCUUGCUCAAUGGGUCUUCAAUGAUGAGAGGGUCAGUAGUCAUUUUGAGCUGAAGAUGUGGGUUUGUGUUUCUGAAGAAUUCGAUGUGCGUAGAUUGAUCAAAGCUAUCAUAGAAUCUGGAACUGGAAAAGCUUGUGAAGCGUUGGAGAUGGAUCCUUUGCAGAAACAACUUCAGAACAUGCUCCAAAGAAAGAGAUUCCUGAUCGUUUUGGAUGAUGUGUGGAAUGAAGAUCAUGAGGAAUGGGACAAGUUGAGGUACAUAAUGGAGUGUGGAUCAAAUGGUGCUUCGGUUGUUGUCACUACUCGUCUAAAAAAGGUUGCAUCUAUUAUGGGAACGGUUGCAAUGCAUGGCUUGACUGGUUUAUCAGACGAUGACUGUUGGUUGUUAUUCAAGCAACGUGCAUUUGGGAGCCAAAGGGAAGAGCAGCCUAAUCUUGUCAAAAUUGGAAAGGAGAUAGUGAAGAAGUGCAAGGGAGUUCCACUAGCAGCAAAGGCUUUGGGAGGCUUAAUGUGUUUCAAAAGUGAAGAGGAGGAAUGGCUCUCUGUUAUGCACAGUGAGCUUUGGAAUUUACCUGAGGACAAAACUUCCAUCUUGCCUGCUUUGAGAUUAAGCUACCUUCAUCUUCCAGUAGAGCACAAACGAUGCUUCUCUUACUGUGCUAUAUUUCCAAAGGAUUAUAGGAUAGAAAAGAGAAAAUUAAUUCAUCUUUGGAUGGCAAAUGGGUUGAUUUCUUCGAAACCGGAACUUGAGGUGGAAGACAUUGGAAAUGAGAUGAUUAGUGAAUUAUAUUGGAGAUCAUUUUUUCAGGACGUGGUGAAAGGUUUUGAUGAAAGUAUCUUCUCUUUCAAGAUGCAUGAUUUAUUUCAUGAUCUAGCUCAAUCCAUAAUGGGUGAUAAAUGUCGUACUAUGGAGGUUAAUGAUGUUACUCUUGCUAUCAACUUGUUGAAAAGAGUACAUCACUUAACGUGUACUUUUAGUCAUCAAUUUGGGAGAAUUAUUGGCAUACAAAUUCCUACAAUACCAAGUACUCAAUCCUUAAGAACAUUCAUGGUAUUAACAAAUUCUACAGUUAAUUAUGAUACUGAUAAGAAUUUUCGCUCAUUACGAGUGUUUGAUGGUGGGUAUAAUACUCAUUUAUCAUCCAUAUCAUCAUUGGUGAGUAACUUGAAACAUUUGCGCUAUUUGAAUCUUUCACAUAGUAGAAUUGAAGUCCUUCCCGAUUCCAUUUGUUUGCUACACCAUUUGUUGGUUUUAGACCUCACCUCUUGUCAUAAUCUUCAGAAGCUUCCCAAACAGAUGAUUCGCUUAAAAGGUCUCCACCAUCUUUACAUCGGAGGUUGCUACAAAUUAUCACAUCUACCUCCAUAUAUUGGGCAACUAACUUGCUUAAAGACUUUGACUAAUUUCAUUGUGGAUAGGAGAAAAGGUUGUCAGUUGGAUGAAUUGAACCACUUGGACAUAGAAGGUUCUCUACAAAUCAGCAACCUAGAAAAAGUGAAAAGCCCAUUAGAAGCUAGAUUUGCAAAUCUAUCCCAAAAAAAAAACCUCAAACGAUUGGAUUUAUCUUGGCAUAGCAAUGAAAAUGAAUCUGAGGUAAAUGCAAAACACAUACUUGAUGCUCUUGCUCCUUCCACAGAUUUGAGAUGGUUAAACAUUACCAAUUACAAUGGUACCCAUUUCCCACAUUGGUUCGGGAAACUAACAUCUCUUCGAGAUCUUUAUAUAUCUAGAAUGAAGUUAGUGCAGUACAUUGACAAUGAUAUCUGUCAUGGAGACUUAAGAAGAAGCUUUGGAUGCUUAGAAUAUCUUUACAUUACAAAUUUACCAAAUUUGGAAGGAUUUUCAAGGCAAGAAGUUGGUAAUGAAAUGUUCGAAUGUUUGUCUACACUUGAUGUUGAUGAAUGCCCAAAAUUGACCUUACCUAAACUAGGAUCGGUUAAAUCUUUGAACGUGCGAAAUGUUGGACAACAUGUUCUAAAAUCCAUCUCUAAUCUCCACGGUCUUACUCGGCUUCGCAUCAAUGGUGAUGACAACAUCCAAGAGUUGCCGAUUGAUUUCCUCACUGGCCUUGGCACAUUAGAGCAUUUAGAAAUCAGCAAUUUUUCUGAACUCAAGUGCUUACCAGAGGGAAUGUUUCGAGAUUGUUCUUCGCUUAAAAGCAUCAAGAUUAUUAGUUGUAAAAAGAUACAAGCUUUACCUGAAAGUUUUAGGGAUCUUACCGUGCUUGAGUCUAUGAAACUUGUAGAGUGUCCCGUGCUGAAGGGCUUUCCAAGUGGUCUUAAUCAACUCAUAUCUCUCCGAACUCUGUACAUGUCAGGGAUUACCAUAAAUUGGUUUAGUGCGAGCAGUUAUGGUUGCAACCUAUGUGCUUCUCAUAAGUUGGUUGUUCUACCCGAGGCCUUGCAGCACCUCUGCUCACUUGAAUAUUUGAACAUAUCUUUUUUCUUGGAGCUUGCAACGCUGCCCGAUUGGCUUGAAAAUCUUAGAGUUCUUAAAGAAUUAUAUAUAAUAGGCUGCCCAGACUUGGAAUCUUUACCAAUGAGCAUGCAAAGGCUCACCAACCUAAAGAAAUUGUCUAUUCGAUAUUGCCCAAAAUUAGAGAAGCGAUGUGAGAAGGGAAAAGGGGAAGAUUGGCACAAGAUAUCUCAUAUUCCAGAUGUGUACGUAUCUCAUAUUACAGACAACAUCCAUAUUGGGGAUAUUUUGUAGCACCAAAAUGAACGCGAAUGUUGAUGUUGUCGGGUUGUGGAAUCUCGACGUCUGACGCGUGAUAUUUGGUAGUAACAUGAAUCCGGUCAUUGGCUCGAUUGUGAGUUGUUGUUUCUUUUCUGAUUGUUUUAAGUUAUGAGUUUAGUGUGGAAUUGUUUGUUGAGCUUAUUUUAAAUAAAAAAAUAUGGAACCUGGGUUUUACUCAAAUCCUUGGGUCCGAAUUUUUUCUCUAUUGAUUUUGUUUAUGUACAGAUUUUUAUUUGUUUUCAAAUCCUGGGUUAAUGAUAUGUAUAUCUUGUAGUGUUCUAUGAUUUGAGUGA